CUCUUCCCCUGUAGCUCUUCUUUUGUGCGUUUGUAUCUGAGUGUCUGUAUGUUAGUCAGCUACAUCCUCAGCACCUGGGACAUUACCUCCAGGUUUCAGCGGGGAAGCUGCAUCGCUGACUCUAUUUGCUGAUCAGGGCUCUAAGCCAGAAUUUCUGCAGGUGUAUAAGAGAGGAGAGGGAGGUCAACAUGGGCUCCAGCUCCUCCUCCUAUGCCCCCAAAACCAUUUACCUGGAAGUGGAUGGGAAAGUGCAAAAGGUGGUGUUCAGUCGACACUGCAGCCCAUGUGACAUCAAGGAGCUUCUGUGUUCCUCAUCCAACAUUCCCAGGAACACUGCCAUUGUGAUGGUAGACCCAGAUGGUGCCUUCGUCUCCAUUGAUCCUACCAUGCCCACCAACUCUCCAAACUCUUUGUACAAAGUUGUCCCACUGUCCACCGGUCAGCUUGGAGAGAAGGAGGACAUGUUUCAGAACGUGCUUUCCCAGGUAGCCGAUCAGUUCAGCAGAGCUUUUCGCAUCAACGAAUUGAAGACUGAGGUCACCAACAGGCUAGCUAUGCUGGAGAAGAGAGUGGAACUGGAAGGGUUGAAAGUGGUGGAGAUUGAGAAGUGUAAAAAUGACCUGAAGAAACUACGAGAUGAGAUGACUUCAAGAGGAGGUGGCAGAGUAAACUGUUCAUGCAAAUACAACUUCUCAGAUGAUGGGAAAAAGGUCACCCCUAGACGAGAUGUUCCCAACUACCCAAAGUACACACUGUCUCAGGAGACUGUGGAGGCACUCAAGAAGCCAACAUUUGAUGUGUGGCACUGGGAACACAAUGAGAUGCUGAGUUGUUUGGAGUAUAUGUACCAUGACUUGGGGCUGGUGAAGGAAUUCAACAUGAACCCCAUCACACUCAAACGCUGGCUGCUGGCAAUUCAGGAGAACUAUCGUAACAACCCCUUCCACAACUUCCGUCAUUGCUUCUGCGUCAGUCAGAUGAUGUAUGGCAUGAUCCACCUCUGCAACCUACAGGAGAAGCUAACUCUGACAGACAUGGGCAUUCUAAUGACAGCUGCAGUGUGUCAUGACCUGGACCACCCUGGCUACAACAACACGUACCAAAUCAAUGCCCGCACAGAGCUUGCAGUGCGCUACAAUGACAUAUCUCCACUUGAGAACCACCACUGCGCCGUGGCCUUCCAAAUCCUCUCUCUGCCGGAGUGCAACAUCUUUGCAAAUGUGGAUCCUGAGGCUUUCAAACAGAUCCGACAGGCGAUUAUCACCCUCAUUCUGGCCACAGACAUGGCCAGACAUGGGGAGAUACUGGACUCCUUCAAGCACAAAGUGGACAACUUUGACUUCACCAACGAAGAGCAUGUGACAUGCCUUAAGAUGGUUUUGAUUAAGUGCUGUGAUAUUUCCAACGAAGUAAGGCCAACUGAAGUCGCCGAGCCAUGGGUGGACUGCCUACUGGAGGAAUACUUCAUGCAGAGUGACAGGGAGAAGUCAGAGGGCCUCCCUGUGGCUCCCUUCAUGGACAGAGAUAAAGUCACCAAGCCCACGGCCCAGAUCGGAUUCAUCAAGUUUGUCCUCAUCCCAAUGUUUGAGACCGUCAUGAAGGUUGGAUCACGUCUGUACUUGUGUGCCUCUUUAUGAAAACAUACAUACCGAUAAACAAAACUUUGCUAUCCAACAGCU